CGGCAGAGCAAGUACUGAUUAGCACCAAACGGCUCUCUCAACCCCCGGUCGCCUCAAGAGGCCUUUGCUUUAAACCACCGUUGCAAUGCGUCCUUGCCAGCCCCGCUGUGCUGCUCCUGGCUUGUCUAAUUUCAUUGUUUUCAUGCUAUAAAUACCCUCAAUUGCCCUGUCAUGAUCAACUCUUCUCUGGUCCGGUCGCUGGGAUUGUUAUCCUGUAUUCUAAGCUAUCCCCGCAAUUGACCUCACAUUCAACGCUGUCGCUUCCACGCGGCUUUACCAGCCCUUCCGUGGUUUUGGUUUUAUUUUUCAUUUUUCUGUUUUCGGUCAUUGUGUGCUCAUUGUGGAUUACUGCCGAGUUUCUCCGAGAUUAUAUGAAGAUGGACGUGACAGAGAAGGCAUCUGCGUCAAGCAGCGAUGUAAAUAUCCGCGGCGCGGCUUUGUCCUCAUCUUCUGAAGUCAUGAACGGUUCUUCUCGUACCAGAACGUCACUUCCUACGGGUGAGGCCAGCGGAGUGCCUAAAAGCAAAAGGAGGAGCAAGUAUCGGCAUGUGGCAGCCUACCACUCGAAGUUGCAACACUCAAGCCUAAGCCGAGAGUCCAAUGUUCCGACUAGUUUCCUCGGGUUCCGAAAUUUGAUGGUGAUCGUCCUGGUGGCGAUGAAUCUCCGAUUGAUUAUUGAGAAUUCUAUGAAAUAUGGGGUUCUCAUUUGCAUUAGAUGCCAUGACUACCGGAAACAAGAUGUAGUUCUUGGCUCAAUGCUCUUUAUCAUUGUCCCUUGUCAGCUGUUUAUUGCAUACAUUCUUGAGUUGGCUGUAGCAAGGCGGGUCAAAGAAACCGUUGGCCGAAAGAAGAAGAAAGACAAAUCAGCAGAGGAAGGCGAGCGUGAACAACGUGAAUUCCGGACGAUUUGGCGGUUCGCUUUAUCUUUUCAUAUCCUCAAUACCUUGCUGAACCUCGCGGUGACGAGCUAUGUCGUUUAUUAUUACAUCCAUCACCCAGGGAUCGGGACGCUCUGCGAAGUUCAUGCGAUUAUUGUGGCGCUCAAAAAUUGGUCCUAUGCAUUCACCAAUCGUGAUCUCCGCGAAGCGAUGCUUAAUCCAUCCGCGGAGUCCGCCCUUCCUGAGAUCUACUCCUCAUGCCCAUAUCCACGGAAUAUUACACUUGGGAAUUUGGUGUAUUUUUGGUUGGCACCUACGCUGGUUUAUCAGCCAGUUUAUCCCAGGUCACCCGAAAUCCGUUGGUCAUUUGUGGGCAAGCGUAUGUUCGAAUUUAUAAGUUUGUCUAUAUUCAUCUGGCUUCUCUCUGCCCAGUACGCUGCUCCUGUCCUGCGAAACUCUAUUGACAAAAUCGCUGUCAUGGACAUUGCUUCCAUUUUUGAGCGAGUGAUGAAGCUAUCUACCAUCUCCCUCAUCAUUUGGCUUGCUGGGUUUUUUGCUCUUUUCCAGUCAUUCUUGAAUGCCCUCGCUGAAGUGCUACGGUUUGGAGACCGAGAGUUCUAUCUCGACUGGUGGAACAGCUCCAGUCUUGGUAUGUACUGGCGAUCUUGGAACAGGCCCGUCUAUCUCUUCAUGAAGAGGCAUGUGUACUCGCCUCUGAUUGGACGGGGAUAUAGUCCUUUGACGGCAAGCACUGUUGUCUUUCUAGUUUCGGCCCUUCUGCACGAACUGCUUGUGGGAAUCCCUACGCAUAAUAUGAUAGGUGUCGCUCUCGUAGGAAUGUUGUUCCAGCUGCCACUGAUCGCCAUCACCGCCCCAUUAGAAAAGAUGAAAGAUCCUUCAGGGAAGGUAAUUGGGAACUCAAUAUUUUGGGUUAGCUUUUGCGUGGUUGGACAACCUUUGGGGGCCCUGCUGUAUUUCUUCGCUUGGCAGGCGAAGUAUGGCAGCGUUAGCAAAAUGACCCAGGGAUGAUAUUUUCUUGUAAUACAUAUAACAACGAUAGAUGUGAGGUGUU